AUGGCGGCGGAAGGGCUUCCCCCAGGCGACCACAGCAACAACGAUCCCCUCGACGCCCAGUCCAGCAUCCCAGACAGAGUGGGUUCUGCCGCUAUCAGACGGCGAAUCGACUCUAUCAAGAGAAGCAGAGGGGCGGGCAAGAGAACACCCAGACAAGACGAAAGCAUCCGCUGGGUGGCGUCCACAGAAUCGGGACACCGCGCGCGUUCCACCCUACUACCGCGCGCAGUUUGGGUCCUUAUUUUCAACCAAGGCUCUGGGUCCUUCAGCAGCAGCAGCGAGCCACAGCGAGGACUGUAUUGCUUGUGGUCCAAGGGCACCAACUCUGCCUUGGCCUUCGAAGAGCGGGAAGGGGCGCUGCGCUACGCCUUCAAGCUGAAGGAGAAGGGACUGGGAAUCCCGAGACCGACGCGCGUCUCAAUGACGUCGUUCGAAAACGACAAUGUGCUGGCUGGGGACCGAGUCAAGUCGGAUGAAAAUUGGCUCUUACGUGUGUGCAACACCAGGCAGGAACAUGGACCUCAAACGCUUCUGCCUGGACCACAGCUUCGGCAUCUGGAUGAUCCCCGUCAACGUUGUGCCCGAAGCCCCCCGAAAGACUAA